AACUGGAAAAUCAGGAAGUAAAGUGACGCUCAAAUCCAGGUCUACGUCCUACAUAAGUGCACUUCCUAGGGGAUGACAAAAUGGCGUUCCACACACUAUGUAGUGCUCUGUAUAUCCAAUAGAGACCGAAUUGGUAUGAAGCCCAGCGUUUAACCGAAACAUGACGGCUAAUAAAACAGAGCAGACUCGUCCAGACUGAGAUGAAUGUAUUGCUGUGUCCAUUUGUGGUCAUAAUAUUUUCAGCACUUCCUCUGACAUCAUGUCAGGACCUGGUGCCCAUUCAGUUCCAGAGCUCCCCUGUGCAAGUGGCGACAGGAAAAAAUGCUGUGUUUACAGUGCAGACCAUCUCCAAUAUCUUCUCCAUCACGUGGCUCGCUCCCAGAGGAGACACUCUGGGCCAGUGGAUCAACAACCAGGCUGUGAUUAAUCCGAUCGCCCAGUACCUUGACAGAGUUAGCAUCAGUGCCACCCAGCUCACGAUCCGCAGCAGCCAACUCAGCGAUGCUGGAAACUACACGGUCACUGUAACACCGUUCGCUACCACUGGACUGGCCACCAACUCGCUCUCUGUCGCUUUGCUGGUUUACGUUGCGGUGGGUCCAGUGAGUCUGUUCGUACCCUCUGUGACUAUAGAAGGUGGCAACGCGACCUUAACCUGCAGCUGGACUUCAGGCACCAACACCAGCGUCACGUGGGGUAAAGAUAGCACCAAUCUUCCCUCAGACUCUCGCUUCUUCAUCGAUGCUGGGUCUCUGAAUAUCAACCCGGUGAACAGGAACGAUGCCGGAGAAUACAGCUGCACCGUCAGCAACCCCAUCAGCAGCCAGACUGCCACAGCAAGCCUCACUGUUUACUAUGGUCCGGACACCCCUGAGGUGAAGAGCUCGUCCUCUAACUGUGUUGGUGGUGGAGACGCCACCAUUGGCCAGACAGUCCAGCUCACCUGUACGUCUGUCUCUCUGCCCCCUGCUCUCUUAUCAUGGCAGUUCAAAGGUGUGCCCCUGACAACCAGCCAGGCAAACGGUGGCACGCUGAAUUUGCAGAUUUUUUCCAACAAUCAGAGUGGCCAGUACACAUGCUCAGCACGUAACAGCAUCACAACCAAAACGUCGCAGCAGCAGACAACCCUCAAUGUUGUGGAUACGUGUCUGAGUGGAGGUGCAGUUGCUGGAAUUGUCAUCGCCUGCUUUGUAGCACUCGUGUUAAUUAUUGUUGCCAUUGUACUGAUCCUACGUCAGCGAAAUGUUAAUCAGAGACUCUCAACAGUCAUUGGACAGCGGAAACAAAACCUGAACAAUAGGCCGACAGUUAUUCCAGCUCCACCGUAUGGCCAUGAUAAUCCUGGGUUUCUUGGCCAGGGUGACCAGCCUGACCCACCGAUGCACAGUGGUAACAGACUCCAUCGUUCAAAGACUCAAGCCAAUGGCCAACACAACAACUACAACAACAACAAUAUACUGACACAAAACAGAGCAACCAACACCACUGCCUUUCAGCCCAAUGGUCAUCUUAAUACUGACAUGUUCUCAUAUAAUGCCAACCUCCAUGAUAGCCAACGGAAUGGCAAUUCAAAUCAACGCAACACUGGCUCGUUCCAACAAGUGGGCCAACAGAACCCAAAUAUUCUCAUCCAGACUGGCCAAGCUGAGGCGGGACCUCAUACAGUCCUUAUAAACCUUAAUCCACUACGACAAAAUCCGAAUGCCACCACACAACCUCACGCUGUGCAAGUCAGCCUCAAUGCACCUCAGACUUCUUCAGGACAGAACACCAGGCACUAUAAUGAUCAACAAAGCAAUCCUGUCCAGCAGGAGCUUGUUAACACUCGCCACUCAAAUCACAGUCAUGUCAGUGGGUCACACUCCAAUCCUCAGACUUGGACAGAUAACGUCCAUAAUACAGCACAGCCUGGUCACAAUAGCACCUUGAGAAACAGACAACCCAGGGACCACCACGUCACCAACCAGACACGGUCGAGGCGCAAUACUGAAAACACACAUCCUGACUCAGAGGUGACUCCUACACCGUUAGACCACACACACACCACCGUUGUCGACGACUCGAGUUCUAAUACAUACCCACGUCAGAUGCCGUGGGACCUUAUGCAUGGUACACCUGCAUAUCCGAAUCCUCAAAUGGACAGUUAUGCAUCCCAGAAUUCAUCAGAAUCAGCCAGUGAGCAUUCAGCUCCAGCUCCAAGACCCAUCAGGCCACCUGUAGAUGAACAGGUGCGGAACAUUUCCAGAGCUUCAAGAAGAAACUUUCUGAGGCAAUUUGCUCACAGUGCUGCCCAGAGACGUUCUCGAGGGGAUCGGGAUCUGUCAAGACAAGUCACGCAGCCUGCUCAGCCACGUGCUGACUAUCAAAGUCGGACCGCUCCACAGAACAUCACAUCCCAGAGGCAUGACAUGGGCAACGUGGACAGAGCUGUUCCUCAUCAACCCGUUCCAAGGCAGACUGCUCAACCAACACAUUUGAUCAGUCAGGCUGGUCCAGAUCAAAGGCAGACCGGACCUCUCAAUGCUGCCCCUCCAAACUCCCACAUGCUAACUCAGGCUGCUUUGCAGCAGCACACCAACCAGACUCCUAAUCCCUUUGUUAACUGGGUUCAGCAGACCCGAACUGCAUUGCAGCAUCCUGGAGCUCAGUCAAUACCUGCUCAAACUAAUCCUGCGAGACAAACCAACCAGGCUGGUCAAGUUGCUCCAGCUCCCCCUCCAGUCCUGCGCCUAGCGGAGUUUAAAACCCUACCACGAGAGCAUAUACAGAAACCACGUGCUGUAAAGCCAGUUCAGAUGAUGAGACGGCCUGUGGUCAUGCAUCAUGGACGUAGACCUCCCAACAUGCCCAGACAUGCAAGAGCCAUGCUUAGCAACCCACACAGACCCCCAGUGAACCCUCGCAUGCAUGCUCAUGUACAAGGCGUCCCAGUACAUAUCAGCCAGGUCCACAGAAGACGACGCAGACCCUGAGAUAAUCCAGUCCAUGUUCUGAUAAGGCAUCAUGCAAAAUGCAGAGCGAGGUGUGCAGCAGGACUUGAGCUUUAUCCAACCGAAAAACCAGUACAAGCCUCAAGAAACUGUUAAAUGCUAAGUAAUGACGUUCCCGUUUAGUGCUUUCUUCCACAGCCGUUUAUUCAGCAGUUGGUACACAGAUGCUUCCUCUGACGCCACUCAAUUAGCGGCGCCUCCGUGGACGAGGCGCUCGGCUAACCAUGAAGGAGAGCCACCAAACGAACGGACGCGCUCUUAUUUAUUAUGCACAUUUGUUUAUUGCUAAUGACUUGGAAAAUCCUAAUGACUUGGAGUGGUGGUUAUCUUGAAGGGCUCAGGCAAAUUGGAUUUUGAAAAUAAGCACAACAAAGGAAUAAUUUGUCCUGGCUCUCCUUGCUGAGGAGAGCAAGCUGAUUAAUUACAAACGUUAUUGUUUUACUUCUUUUUAAUUUUAUUGUUUAUUCAUGUGUCCUGUUAUGGAACUUGGUAUUAAAUUAUCUUCAUAUUAUGGAGAACGCUGGAUUCAACUCAAAUGAAAGUAGGGCUCCUUUUUUAUUUAAACACUAUAUUUUAAAGAAAACACUGAUAUUAAAUAUGAUUAAAAUUGCACUUUAUUUGGGUUCGAGAGUAUUUGAUAAAGCCGGUGAUAUCUGCAUCAUACUGUAUAUAAUGUUUUUUUUUUUUUUAAGAAACAGGUCUUUGUGAAAACAUGUGCCGAGGUGGCAUUUUUCAGUUUAGCUGCAUCAUUGACGUAACACCUGAAACCUACGUAUGCUUUUACGCAAAGCAAUGGAAUAAAAUAUUUCUGGCUGAAAAGUGAAGGGGAAAUUAUGUGGGAUGUGAAAGACGGUCAUUUACAGCUACUUUAUCUCAACCUUUAUCUUGGUAUGAAGUUUCCAAACUUCUGCUUUGUGAGCCACGAGAAAACAAAAGGAUGAAUGUUUUGCAUUUCUGUGUCAUUUCACAGAUGGCUCUGUAAUAAAAGCUCAGGGUAAAA